GUUUAAAAAGAAAAUGUUUGUUUUUGUGUGCUAAUGACAUUCUGGUGUGGCCGGUGCUUUAGAUGGUCAAUUAGUGCUUGUUUACAUGAUGGUUUAUGUUUAAGGUCUAUCCGGUUUUUGGUAAUUAUUUGUUGUCAUAAAGGUAAUAAAGAAGCCGCCAUGCUCUUAAACAGACUGUGCUUCUGGUAAAAACUGUUUGUUCAUUUUAGAUAUAAAAUAACGUCAAAUUAUUAAAAAAUUAUUGAGUUGAUGGAUAUAGAAAUUCAAGUAUCGUAACUGUAGCAUGGCCACAGGUCAAGCUGGACGACAAAAUACACAGGCAGUAACAUCUUCGCACGAAACACAAAGAAUGGGCGUUCCAGAGCCAGAAAUUGCAUCAUCAACUUCAUGUCCUCCAUCUGCUCUAGGUGGAGCUAACAUUUCGGAAUUAAGAAAAAAGCAAGAAAUUGGUGAAAUCCUUCAACAGAUUAUGAACAUCACAGACCAAUCACUUGAUGAAGCUCAAGCAAGAAAACAUGCAUUAAACUGUCAUCGCAUGAAGCCAGCUUUGUUUACUGUUCUGUGUGAAAUCAAAGAAAAAACAGUUUUAAACAUCCGAAAUCAAACCGAUGAGGAGCCUACAGAUCCUCAAUUAAUGCGCUUGGAUAAUAUGUUACUUGCUGAGGGCGUCUCAGCCUCAGCUGAUAAAAAUAGUGCUGCUGUAGCUGCAGCAACUGGACAGGAUUCCCAAAUCGAAAACGCAGAUUACAAAUUAAAAUUGUCUCAAAUCAGACAAAUUUAUCAUACUGAACUGGAAAAAUAUGAACAGGCAUGUUCGGAAUUCACAACACAUGUCAUGAAUCUUCUUCGUGAACAGUCGAGAACCCGUCCCAUUUCAAAAAAUGAAAUUGAACGCAUGGUUAACAUAAUUCAUCGAAAAUUCAAUUCAAUCCAAAUGCAACUAAAACAAAGCACAUGUGAAGCAGUGAUGAUUUUACGUUCAAGGUUCUUGGAUGCCAGACGGAAAAGAAGAAACUUCAGCAAACAAUCAACCGAAGUUUUAAACGAAUAUUUCUACUCCCAUUUGAGUAAUCCAUAUCCAAGUGAAGAAGUGAAAGAAACACUGGCCAAAAAAUGUGGUAUCAGCAUCGCACAAGUAUCCAAUUGGUUUGGAAAUAAGAGAAUUCGUUACAAAAAGAACAUUGGUAAAGCACAAGAAGAAGCGAGUAUGUACGCUGCGAAGGCACAACACCAUAGUUCUGGAAGUCUAACGUCGCCGCAGUUGUCAGAUGUGUCACCAAGAAAUGAACAUAGAUCUACGUCGGAUCACCAAAUCGCUAAUGAUCUUUUUACGACUCAGCUGUCCACUGGAUCCGAUUGUGCUGUCGGUGUUUCUCCUGUAAGCAAUCUGCAUCAUGUGGUGUCACAGGCUACGGGAGGGUAUUGCCCUCCCAAUGAUAUUUCUUCAACAAGUGGAUCAACGAACCCUGUAAAUAGUUUUAACAGUUUGUUAGAUUCGAUCAAUACUUGGGCGAGGAGUCGAGAUGACCAUCCCACUUCAGCUCAUCAGACAGACGGUAGACCACAAUGAUACAAGUUUUACGAAUAUUGAAUUGCAGUGACUUAUUGGACUCUAUGGUGUGUGAUGAUCUUUACUUCUUGAAGACUCGAUGUUUUGGUUUGAAUAUGAAUUAAUAGUGCAAAGGUUGUCGUACGGUCAACUUGUGAUGUCUCAAACUCUAACGAGUUCAGGAAAACUGUUCGAGAUAUGAAGAAAUUGUUUGCUGAAAAUAUUUUUUUCAUAUACUGAAGCUGAGAUGCUGUGUAUUCCAGAUAUCGGUAGCCGGCUGUAUAGCUUAGCGAAUACAAUUAAUGUUUCUUCUGACAUUUUAUGGGAUCAAGUUUUUAACCUUGUCUUCUGAAAGAACGGCAUGUGUGUUUUUAUGUCACCACAAAUGUCAUGUUCUGUAAUUUAAGAUCAAUAUUUGGCGCUGGUUGGUGAUUAUUGUAUCUGAAUGUUUUUGUUUUCUUUUUUAAAUAAAUAAGCUUUUAUAUAUAGCGUAUUUUCAAUUACUUGAAUUGACGACUGAAUUUAAAAAAAACUGUUUAACUUGUGUAUAUAAAUAUCGUAUUUUUAUUUUUAAAAUUUGUUAGUUUUUAAAAUCAAGUGAGCUGAUAUGUAAUUAACAACAUCUUAUUUUUGUAUAGAUUAAAGGUGUUUUUUAUCAAAUUUAAAAUCUAUGGAAAGAAAGAAAAAAAAAAUUCAUAACAUUUUUUGCUUUUUGGUAAAAUUAAAUAUACGGUGUUCUUAGCAAUAUGGGUCUCCUAGUCAACCUGAGUUCUUUUUUUCAAUCUUUGUGAAAAAAAGAGUCCACUCCCUCGUUUUUGCGUACAACAAUGCUCAGUUGCCGUCUUCCCUUCGUUGAGGUGCAUACUUGUGAACUUCUUUUAUUUCUUAACAUGUAAGUUUAUUGUUGCCUUCAACUGAAAACUAUAAGAAUAUAAAAAAAAUUCAAAUGUAGAGCUCGUCUUAUUUACUUGUUGAAUUAUGAAACAGAAAAUGCUUAAUCUUCCUACGUCUUUUUUCGACUACGCAACAGUCAAUUUGUGAAGUGACAUUUUUUAAUAUAGAUCUACCUGUAAAAAAAUUAUUUUAAUAUUUUAGUGAAAGUAAUAGUACAUGUUUAUAGUUUCAA